ACAUCUACGGACAGACGUGCUCCAUUUUCCUUCUGGGCUCAGAGAAAAGGGAGCUGUUUCGCACCAGAAGGUCCUGUCCUGCACCUGAACGCCCCACCUCACUGGAUGUUGACAUUCCCAGCAGGAUGACUCCUGAUGUGUCGAACCUCCAUGGAAACAGCGAGCAAUGCAUCUCCUGUCUUGACAUGGAAGUCCCAGCAGGUGAAAGCAGCACAAUGUCCUGUGUGGUGUGCAUGGCAAAAGAGGCCAGAAUCACUCUGCCCUGUGGCCACAGGUGUUUGUGUGACCGCUGCGCCCCCAAGGUCUGCCAGCAGUUUGGCACCUGCCCGCUAUGUCGACGGGACAUCUGAGCACCAUCACUGGAGGGGAGGUCUGUCAUUUGGGGGCUCUAAGCUCCGAGACACCAGGCAAGGCUCAUCAAAUACAAGCUACUGAGUGACUGUAACAAAGAAAACACUACGAGCAGCGCCCACCUAAUGUGUCCUGGUAGCCCAGUGGUUGGGGAGGUUUGCCAUGUGACCACAGUGUGCCUGAUUCAAGCCCAGCCAGGAAACUUUGUCGCAUAAUUGUUAUUC